UCCCCUCACGGAGCCACUUCCGGCCCCUCCCGCAGGCGCCAGGCUUGCGCGUUGACGUCACGCACGUAGCGUGCGUGCGUGCGGCGCCGCGCGCGGGGAGCGGGAGAAGAUGGCGGCGGGGCCGAUCUCGGAGAGGAACCAGGAUGCCACGGUGUACGUGGGGGGCCUGGACGAGAAGGUCAGCGAGCCCCUGCUCUGGGAGCUCUUCCUGCAGGCCGGGCCGGUGGUCAACACGCACAUGCCCAAGGACCGGGUCACGGGCCAGCACCAGGGGUACGGCUUCGUGGAGUUCCUGAGCGAGGAGGACGCCGACUACGCCAUCAAGAUCAUGAACAUGAUCAAGCUCUACGGCAAACCCAUCCGGGUCAACAAGGCCUCGGCCCACAACAAGAACCUGGACGUGGGCGCCAACAUCUUCAUCGGCAACCUGGACCCCGAGAUCGACGAGAAGCUCCUCUACGACACCUUCAGCGCCUUCGGGGUCAUCCUGCAGACCCCCAAGAUCAUGAGGGACCCCGACACGGGCAACUCCAAGGGUUACGCCUUCAUCAACUUCGCCAGCUUCGACGCCUCGGACGCGGCCAUCGAGGCCAUGAACGGGCAGUACCUGUGCAACCGGCCCAUCACCGUGUCCUACGCCUUCAAGAAGGACUCCAAGGGCGAGCGGCACGGCUCGGCGGCCGAGCGGCUGCUGGCUGCCCAGAACCCCCUGUCCCAGGCUGACAGGCCUCACCAGCUCUUCGCCGACGCCCCGCCGCCCCCGUCCGUGCCCACGCCCGUGGUCACCGCGCUGGGGCCCGGUGUCACCCCUCCAGGUGGGUGACGGGGCAGGGCUGGA